UGCUUGAACGGUCACUCUGGUGCCUAAGUGCCUAUUUUAACAACAAAUUUAAGAGCAAUUGCUGGAAAAUAAUGUUGAUACUGAGCUAACCUGUGUCCCUUUUCGACCCGUUGCCCACCAACCAGCCAAGCACAUCUUCUCCUUCAACAACGUGUACAUGGACGCCCCACCGCCCACGAAGCCCCCGAGGGGAGUGAAGUACGGCAAGGAUGAGUCCGCAGGAUGUGGCUUCCUGGUCAACGUCAUCAAGUCCCUGGGAUUCAGCGAGACCACCGAGGAGCGCCAGAAGGAGAAGCAGAAGAUCGAGGCGGAAUUCAAGCGCUCGGAUCUGCGCCUGAACGAGCUGGUCUCGCGGCACGACCAGCAGCUUACCCAGGUGCUGCCCCUGUUCAGCCAGGUGUCCUCGGAGGUGACGGCCAGCCGGGAGCGGAUUCAUGCCGUCAAGGAGAACCUUGGUGUCUGCAAGCGGCUGUUGCAGUGCCGGCGCGAUGAGCUCCGAAAGAUGUGGACGGAUGCAGUGCAGCACAAGUACGUUCUGGAGAUGUUGGAGCAAAUCCAGGAGUUGCGCAAAGUGCCUCAAAGGGUGGUGGGCUACACCGCCAAACGACAGUAUCUGCAUGCCAGCAAGGCCUUAACUGAUGCCCUGGCCACUCUCAAUGGACCCUUACAAGCCGUCGAGGGCUUGUCAGAUUUGCGGACCGACCUGCAAACUCGACGCCAGCAGCUGUACCAGCGGCUGCAUGAGGAACUGGUCACCCAGGUGUAUACCAACUCGGCCAACGAGGCCCUCUCCUCGUUCCAACGCACCAACUCCAGUAGACUGAAUUCCAGUUUUACUCGGGGAAUAUGUGCUCGUCGCUCUACGGAUCGCAUCGAGGCCAAUGCUCGAGUGCGCAAGGCGCUGGCCGAAAUGGCACAGAGCUUCGAUUUGGACAAGGCAGAGGUUAUUGAAGACGCAGAUCUCAUUUACCCGGAGCUGAGCAUGAGCUACUUCGUUGCCAUCAUAGUGGAGUCGUUCGGUAUGCUGCACAAGGUGCCUGACUCUCUGGAGACACUGCGCGUCCAAAUCCAAACAGAGUUGCUCAACGUGGUGCGGCACACAACGCAUCAACUGUCUGUAAGUGGAGCAACGUCGGACACCAAUCCGCUCCUCACACUUCUGGAGGUCAUAUUCAAGCAGUUCAAGGCAAUAGCCAAAACGCAUUCCUUGCUGCUGAAGAACUAUUUGUCGGUGGGACAGAAGUACUCUGUGUUUGGACCCCAACCAUACGACCUAACCGAUUUCUGGGCCCAGGCUCAGUCAGUGUUGCAACUGUUGCUCACCGACUACUUGGAUAUACAGAAUGCUACCGCGGACGAAAGUGCCCAGACGGGGUUUUCAGAGCCCACCAGCAACAUAAAUUCCUAUUUUCUAAGGCGCAAGGUGCCGAGCACCAAGCGCUCAAUGUUCAAGUUUGAUAAGUCAUCGCACGUUGGCACGAGCAGCAAUAGCGACGCCUUCAAGGAGCAUCGUCGCAACGCCUCGGAUGCCUCCGUGGAUGACAACCUUGCCGGCCAGCUUGGUGGCAGUGGCAAGGGCUCCACCAGUGGCCUCUUUCCUCACGAGAAAAAGCAGCGGGAAAAAAUACUUAUUUGUACGCCCGAUCAAAGUAUCAUAACCAAAGUGUAUCUACCUCUAAUGGGAUAUAUCAAGGAGAUAGAGAACUUUAUGAAAUGCAAGCCAGGGCAACCCUGCAGUCUACAUGACUUUUUAGACAACUACAUUAAGGACACAUUCCUAUCCAAAGGCCACAACCGCAACCUGCAGCUGACCAUAGAGUCGCUGUCGAAGAAUCAAGACGCAUGGCGCACUAUUAUAAGUCCUGAGGAAAUAAAGGCUCUUAAUCUAAGCAGGCCGCUGCUGCAGUCUACUGUGAUGGUCGAACGGAGGUUGAUGGAAACUAAGAACCUCAUUCAAGACCUGCCCUGCUACUCCGAAGACCUGCUUAAGAUGGUGUGUGCUUUGUUGAAGGCCUAUCGGGAAAUAUGUCAGGCGGCCUACCGCGGAAUUGUGCAGCCAGAUUCAGAGGAUAAGAGAAUAUACAGCGUGGCAUGGCUAAAAGACGAAGAUAUCAGCAGGUUCUUAAAAACGCUUCCCAACUGGACUGACUUAAAGACCUCCAGUCAGAAGUCGCGCCACAACCGAAAACUUCAUCGCGGAAGCUUUGAGCCUUCGGAGGAGGAGAGCCCGUUGCAGGUUCAGCAGCGCAACAUCCGCGAGGCUGAAAUGCUAACCAGUAAUUUGGGCGAGGGUGGGAUUACCCAGCAAGAGAUUUUGGUCGAGAUCAGUGUGCUUAAGGAGCUGGCCAUACUGCAGGAGAGCAUGGAGUGGUUCUCGUGCCGCGUGUCGGAAUUUGCCAACGACUUACGCCGGCCGUUGGUGAACGGACUGAACGCCGUUCCUGCUGAGUGCGGCGCCGACAUUGCUGUGAAGGAUGGUACGAUCAAAGUGAUGACUAAUCUGGCCUUGGAGUUUGAUGAGCUGGCGAACACCUGCCUGCUGGUAUUGCAUCUGGAGGUGCGCGUUCAAUGCUUCCACUAUCUGCGCUCGAAGUCGAGUGUAAGGACCAACAGCUAUGUGGGCUCCAAGGAUGACAUCCUGGAGCCCGACCGCCAGGUGCAAGUGCUAACCAAACGGCUGUCUGAAAUGGAUGAGGCGUUCAGUGCCACUCUACAUCCGAGGAAAACCAGGUACAUUUUCGAGGGUCUGGCGCACUUGGCAUCGCGCAUUCUUAUCCAGGCCUCCAAUUAUCUGGAGCACAUAGAUCAAAUAACCGUGCAGCGCAUGUGCAGGAACGCGAUCGCCCUGCAGCAAACAUUGAGUAACAUAACUGCCUCCAGGGAAGUGGCUUUGGAUCAGGCAAGGCACUUCUAUGAGCUGCUUUGCAUGGAACCCGAUGAAAUACUCAAUGCGUUGCUGGAGCGGGGCACCCAGUUCUCGGAGAUGCAGCUGCUCAAUGCCUUGCAAUUGUCCUGCAAGUCCUUCGGCAUAACCGACGCCAACCUCCUGGCUUCCUAUCAGCAGAAGCUGUCGGACAUACUAGGCGCCAAGCCCUCGAAGGGAAUAAUUGUGUAGUUAGCGUGGCAGCCGGCGGGUAAAACCAAUUAUAAUAUCCAUACUUUUGUGUACAUCGGCUGCAGGUGUAAGUGCAAAUUGUGUGUUAGGGUUAAGCUCAAAAUAAUUGCGAAUGUUCUGAACAUGUUUGGCGAGCACUUAGUGUUACGAUGUAGCCGUUUGUAAAGAUACAUAUUCUAAAGUUCAUUAACAGUACUUUAAUGGCCUAUACACAAUAAAUGAGAAUUCAACAACGAUA